AGGUCACGGCGGUUCUAGCGAGCGGCUGGCGAUCUCCGUCGGAAAAAAAGCCAGCCAUUUUCACGACGCGAGCCCAUUGGAAUGGUCUCCUUGACUCCUUCGCUCUUACUCCCCAGAUUUAAUUUAACAUGGUUAAAGAUUUUAUAAUAAGUAAAAGUAUUAUUCAAUUUUAUAUCAUCAGGCAUCGUUAAUUAUGUAAAUAAAAAAAAUCAAGUAUAAAUCAAGAUGAUGUAAUAUUAAGAAUGUAUUCAUUAAGAAUUGAUAAAAAAGCUUGGAGUCUAAAAUAAAUGUAUUUAGUAGUUAAUUUACUUGUGUUGUUUACCAACUGAGUUACUAAUGUUUUGAAAGUAUGGCAAACCAUUAUGAGGUUCCAAGUUGGGCUGGAAAACCUCCUAUUGGUUUGCACUUAGAUGUUUUAAAAGGGGAUAAACUUAUUCAGAAAUUGAUGGUAGAUGAGAAGAAGUGCUAUUUAUUUGGACGUAAUCAACAAUUGAAUGAUUUUUGUAUAGAUCAUGCUUCUUGUUCUAGAGUACAUGCAGCUCUUGUGUAUCACAAACAUUUGAAUAGAGCAUUUUUGGUUGAUCUAGGAAGCACACAUGGAACAUAUAUUGGUAAUAUGCGUUUAGAAGCACAUAAGCCCACUCAACUACUCAUAGAUAGUACUUUCCAUUUUGGAGCAUCUACACGCUAUUAUAUUAUUAGAGAGCGGCCACAAACAGGAACAAGAGCAAUAAUUGAUGAGUUAGAUAAAUGUAAUGAAGAUCAAGAUGCAGGAGGACUAUUAGGAUUGCCUGAAACAGAAAUCGAAUUGGAUAAUUUAACAGAAUUCAAUACAGCACAUAAUCGAAGGAUUUCUAUGCUAGGAAUAACUGAAGAUGAAAUUCAUAAACCUACAAGAAAACGAAAAAAAAAGGGUAUUACUUUUAAUGAUGAUGAAGAAGUUAUUAAUCCUGAAGAUGUUGAUCCAUCUGUUGGAAGAUUUCGUAAUUUAAUUCAAACAACAGUUGUUCCUAGUAAAAGAAUGCGAAUGGAAGGAGGCUUAAUUUCAUUGUCAGAAGAAACGCAAAAUCCAAUAAAGCAUAUACAGUCAACAUCUACUUCAUCUCCUCUUUAUCAUGAUUUACCGCCAGAACAGUAUUCAAUUUCUACACCUCAAAGCAAUACAUUUUCAGUUGGCCUAACAUCUUUAACUUCACGAUUGGGUAUAGGAUUACCAAAUCCUGCUCCCGAAGUAGAAAUGAUCCCAAAUCAAAUGCAAACUGAAAAUCUGUCUUCAACAGAAAUCCCUAGUUCUAUUGAAAUUCAUUCAAUCGAACCAAAGAAAAAGAAAUAUGCCAAAGAAGCAUGGCCAGGCAAGAAAGUUAUGCCUACUCUUCUGGUGUAAUGCACUUAGUGCAUAAUUAAAUUUUUAUUAAAAUUACAAUUAUAUACACCAUGCAUUAUGUCAAAUUAAUCAAUAAUCACAUUAGCAGGAUAUUGAUUUUUAUGAAUACAGAAUUCGACAACUCCAAAAACAGUCAACAAUCUUCGUUCUAUGGCAUUCAAAUGUUCAUUUGUUAUUAAUGGCAAAACAUUUGCCUUGGAUGAUUCAUGAGCUAAUAAUUCAUUCAAAGCAUAGCCAAGUGAGCCUCCACUAAAUAGCUGCAAUCGUUUCCAUGUUGCUUUGCGUAUUCUAUAAGAUAAAAAUAGAUAAAUUAGUAAAGUUACGCAUCUGCUUUAAUUUAAAUCAAUUAAUCUUAACGCAAAUUUGGAUAUUUGUGAAAUUUUUCCUAAAUAUAUUUUUAAGUAGAAUAUCUUAAUGCGUUAUUACGUUAUUUUAGAUCGUUUAUGAUGUAUUGAGUAUCAAAAAGUAAGGUUGCUAAGAAAAUUUGUACAUUGAAGGUAUCUAUUAAAACUGUAUAUUUUACAAUGGAAAUCAGUACUCACAGACAACAUUGAUACAGUGGAGCAAGUAUGUCAAUGUGAUCUAAGUCAGGGUUUCCAAGACUCUUUCCAUUAUCAAUCAAUAAAAUUGCAGAGUUUUUAUCAUUAUUUUUUAAAAUUUCAUAAUGAUGUCGAUCACCAUUAUCCAUUAAAAAAUCAAAUAUUGCUACAUCGAUUAAAUCCAAUAAUCUGAUUGAAUAGUCUAAAGAAUAUAUUUUUGAUCGCUGUACCUUUAUGGAGUAGUAAAUUAUAUUAUUAUG